CUUGUUUGUGACAAGGUUCCCUUGAGAACACGUCCUUUAUUUAUUUUCUUUCCUUAGAAAAAAGAGAAGGGGGGUAUCGAAACCCAAGAAAAUGGGUUCAGUGCCAUUACUCCUAAAACUGCUUGCUUCUUCAAUAUUCUUGUUUCAGAUUUGCCACCUAACAAAAGCUUCAAGCUUGAAUGAAAAUGAAAAUGGACCGAAUAGAGAGCUUGUAGGAAAAUGCAACAUGUUCCGUGGGAAGUGGGUGUAUGACCCUUCAUAUCCUCUUUAUGACCCUUCAAAGUGUCCAUUCAUAGAUCCACAAUUCAAUUGCCAGAAGAAUGGAAGGUCUGAUAAAAUGUACCAGAAGUUUAGGUGGAUGCCAUUUUCAUGUCCCAUGCCAAGGUUCAAUGGGUUGGAGUUCUUGGAGAAAUUCAAGGGGAAGAAGAUCAUGUUUGUGGGUGACUCAUUGAGUUUGAAUCAGUUUAAUUCAUUAGCGUGUAUGAUUCAUGCUUGGGUGCCCAAAUCGAGAACCACUUUCAGACAAAAAGAUGCCAUCUCCUCUGUCAUAUUCCAGGACUAUGGGGUAGAAUUAUAUCUGUACCGAACAGCAUAUUUGGUAGAUCUUGACCAUGAAAAAGCAGGGCGAGUUUUGAAGCUUGACUCAAUCAAGAGUGGUGACGCUUGGAGAGGAAUGGACGUUCUGGUUUUCAACACGUGGCAUUGGUGGACCCACACCGGAACUCGUGUCGUCCACUCACAUUUACGAAAUCAAGAAUCUUCGUUGUGGGACUAUGUUCGAAUUAAUAACAAGUUGUACAAAGACAUGAACCGUAUGGUUGCAUUCUACACAGGGCUAACAACAUGGGCCAGGUGGGUUGAGACGAACAUAAAUCCAUCACAAACCAAGGUCUUCUUCUUAGGCAUUUCCCCUGUGCAUUACCAGGGGAGAGAUUGGAAUCAACCAGAAAAGUCAUGUAUGAGUCAGACAGAACCAUUCUUUGGGUUGAAGUACCCGGGAGGGACACCAAUGGCUUGGACUGUGGUGAGCAAGGUGCUUAAUAGAAUAACAAAGCCAGUGUAUUUCUUGGAUGUGACCACUCUCUCACAGUACAGAAAAGAUGCACACCCUGAAGCCUAUAGUGGAGUUAUGGCUACAGAUUGUAGCCAUUGGUGUCUACCAGGUCUUCCUGAUACUUGGAAUGAGCUUCUUCAUGCUUCUCUUGCUGGUUGAAGUAGACUUUGAAAACUUUGUUUGUUAGGUCAAAAUUGUUCUGGAACAUAUCUUUAUGUGUGAGAUAUUACGUUGAUGGUGGUUACUUCUAUAUGAAAACAUCAUGAUGUAAAAAUGGUAGCGUGGACUGUUAGAUGGUUUGAUAUAUUUGAUUGAAUAUAUUUGAUUAAACCAUCUACCGGUUCGUAAUAUCAUUUUUAGACGAAGAUGUGAAAGUAAUCACCUACGUUGAUUUUUAUUCUUUUUAUUGUUGGAUAGGAAAACCCAAUGUAAAUGGAUUGGGUUUUGCAUCAUAUCCAAUAAUAAAUAAAGGAUAGAUGGACGUAAUGUUUUAUGCUACGUAUGUAUACGUGUAAUAGUAGUAAUUGUUAGAUGAAAACCAAUUGUUUUCAACUCUAGGGGACAUUUAAUUUUGCAAUUUGUUGGUUUAAGUGGACAAUAAGUAGGCUUGGUGCUCUAAAUUGUAAAUGUAGAUUAGUGUGGCAGAAACUUGCCUUGCAUUGUACUAUUGUAAUUGUUUUCUUCGUCGACUGUCAAUAAUGAAUAAUGUAACUUAGUAAUCAAAUUUAUUUUCACAAUCUUAA